CGAGACGUAGCGAACAAUGGCAAGAACCAAGCAGACAGCUCGUAAGUCCACCGGAGGCAAAGCCCCCAGGAAGCAGCUCGCCACCAAGGCCGCCCGCAAGAGCGCACCUGCCACCGGCGGCGUGAAGAAACCUCACCGUUACAGGCCCGGCACCGUGGCCCUCCGUGAGAUCCGCCGCUACCAGAAGUCCACCGAGCUGCUCAUCCGCAAGUUGCCCUUCCAGCGCCUGGUCAGGGAAAUCGCCCAGGAUUUCAAGACCGACCUCCGCUUCCAGAGCUCUGCAGUGAUGGCUCUUCAGGAGUCCAGUGAGGCUUACCUGGUCGGUCUGUUUGAAGAUACCAACCUGUGCGCCAUCCACGCCAAGAGAGUCACCAUCAUGCCCAAGGACAUCCAGCUGGCCCGCCGUAUCCGCGGAGAGAGAGCAUAAGCUUUAAACUCCACAACCACAACGGCUCUUUUAAGAGCCACCACAAA